GACGCUGCAACGGUCAACUCCACGCUCAUGGCUGCAGGCUGUGUCCCUGGAGGCACAGCCGUCCUUCCUUAGUUGGUGGCAGGCCACCUGGCCCGACCCCAACAUGCGGCUGGAGUAUGAGGGCACCCCGGUGCAGGGCGCCAGGAGCUGGUGGCUUCCCCCUGUGCGCCCCGUGCCAGGGACUCGGACAGGAAGAAGCGCGGCCCCAUUUCUGCUCUGCGGAUGGAACCGCACGGCCGGCCACGCAGGAGCAGGCCAGCGGCCACACUGCGCUCCAUCUCCCGCUCGCUGAUCCUGUGCAGUGCCCGGGCCAGUGAAGAUGGCCACAGCCCUGAGGAGAAGGGCCCUGGCCCAGAGCAGCUGGCGGACACGGCAGAGGCGGCCGAGCCCCCAGCAGGCGGGAGUGACUGGGGCAGGAAUUGCAGGUGGCUGUUCUCAAAGGAGCCCUCCAGCACAUUCUCUCGGGAGAAGCCAGGGCAGCUGGAGCUGCAGACAGCGGCCUGUUUCCUGCCCGCCCAGAUUAGCCCUCCACGGGCACGCAGCAGCUCCACCAGUGUGAGCGCCUGCCGUUCGGGUGAUGUGGAACACUUCCUCAGCGGCAGCCCAAGCUCUGCCGCCCCCAGCCAGCAGCCCCCCUCACUGAGCAGUGGCCGCAAGUCAUUGUCACAGCAGCUGGACGGGUCGGCAGGCCAGGCAGGGGGCCCCUGGAGAGCUGCACGGUCGCUGAGCAGUGCCCAGCUGGGGCAGCCCGCGGGGGUCCCACCAGCCUGGGUCAUCUCCAGCGUGGUGCUGAUGAAGGGCCAGGCCAAGGGCCUUGGCUUCAGCAUUGUGGGGGGUCAGGACAGCGCCUAUGGCCCCAUGGGCAUCUACGUUAGGACCAUCUUCCCCGGAGGUGCAGCUGCUGCCACUGGGCGCCUGCAGGAAGGAGAUGAGAUUCUGGAGCUCAAUGGGGAGCCCAUGGCUGGACUCACCCACCAGGAGGCGCUGCACAGGUUCAAGCAAGCCAAGAAAGGCCUGCUCACCCUGACGGUGAGAACCCGCCUCACGGCGCCUCCUGCCCUGAGCAGCGCCCUGUCCCCACCGCUGUGCCGCUCACUGAGCUCGGGCACCUGCGCCUCCGUGGACAGCACCUGGGCCCUGGGCAGCAGCGUCCGGCCCAGCUACCGGGUCCUGGUGGAGGUUUCCCUGCACAAAGAGGCCGGCGUGGGUCUGGGUGUGGGCCUGUGCAGUGUCCCCAGCCUGCAGAGUGUCUCCGGCAUCUUUGUGCUCGCCCUGUCACCUGGCUCGGUGGCACACCUGGACGGGCGGCUCAGGUGUGGUGAUGAGCUGGUGGAGGUCAGCGAGUGCCCCGUGCGCUGCAUGACACUGAGUGACGUCUAUGCUCUGCUGAGCCACUGUGAGCCUGGCCCUGUCCCCAUUGUCGUCAGCCGCCACCCUGAUGCACAGGUGUCCGAGCAGCAGCUGAAAGUGGCCGUGGCACAGAGUUCGGAGACUGUUCGCUUUGGGAGGGAGAAGCCGGCGUGUGGGCUGGACGCAGGUGCCAAGCGGCUGGAGAGUAGCUGGCAUGGGCGGCCAGCCCUGGAGAGGGGCGAGAGUGGGCCACCUGCCCGCCGUAGGCCACAGGCCAUGGCACGUUCCAGCAGCUAUGCUGCUGCGUCCCCAGGGGGCAGCCCCUGCAGUGCCCAUAAGCCCCCUGCUUUGGACCCUGAGGUUGGCACCCCCAGCCCUCCCCGGGAGAACUGGGCACUUCCCACUGACCAGACCACCCACCCACCCCUGCGUCUGCGCAAGUCCUGUGAGAUCCUGGUGCGGAAGCCCACGAGUUGCAAACCAGUGCCUCCACCGCGGAAGUACUUCCGGGGCACCAGCCCCCCACUGCAGGGCACCCCCAAGGCUGAGCACACUACUUACCAGGAAGCCAGUGGGCCACAGCCACCGCCACCAGCACAGGAAGGGGUGGCGGGGACAGUCGUCAGCACCUUGGCCUUGUCCUGCUGUGCGGGGUCUGCAGCCGGGGGGCCCGCACCAGCAGGGACAAGUGGCUGUGCAGGAGCCCUGGUGUCCCCCACAAAGCCCUCGCUACUCCGGAGGCAGGCACGUGUGGACUGCGGAGGCCCCACACCCUCUGACGACCCCUGGGUGCGCAUCUCUGGUUGCAUCAAGACUCUUUUCAGUCCUGCCAUGAGCGAGUGCCCGGGACGCGGGGAAGAUGGGGUGCAGGGGGCCCUGCCCAAGCCCCCUGCUGCCACCUCACCAGCCGACAGCAGCACCGGGAAGAAGGGCCCACCUGUGGCCCCCAAGCCAGCCUGGUUUCGCCAGAGUCUGAAGAGCUUAAGGGGCCGGGCCCUAGACCAUCAGCCACUCCCUGACGGGGGCUCCCUGGAGCCGCCAGCACACCUGGAGCGCCAGGGCCCCCCUGCUCACACCAGCACCUCCAUCAGGCAAAAAAUCAGCUCCUUUGAGACCUUUGGCUCCUGGAAACUGCCCAAGAGGGAGGCCCAGAGACUUGAGCUGCAGAAGCCCAGUCCCGCAGGGGUACAGAGCCCCACCAAACUGCAGCAGCAGCCCCCAUGCCCCCCAGAAGUCUCUGAUGCCAGUCCUCCUGGGAUGUCUGCGCCCUCCUCCCCCGGGCAUCCCUGCAGUCAGCCAGCCCCCCUACCCAAGCCAGACACCCCCAGAGGGUGCCUAUCCCAGCUGGCUGGGGACUCUCUGGGACCUGGGAACAAGCGGCCCACCCAGCGGGCCCAUAGCUUCCCCCUGGCCAGCCCCGUGCCCAGGGAGGGAGCCCCUAGUAGGCUGUAUGGCCUCAGCUCCCAAGUGUCCUCUGCCGUCCUUCGCUCUCUGCUCAGCCGCCUCCCAGCCACGCCCAGCUCACCGCCCAGUGGAGACCCUGCCGAGCUGGCCGCCACCAGUGACACCGGCUUCUCACUCAACCUCUCGGAGCUGCGGGAUUUCCAGGAGGGGCUGGCGAGGACACCCGAAGCUGAGGAGCACGCGCCCCGCUCCCCGCAGCCAGGCCAGUCGGUGCUGACCCUGCUGAGCACCGAGGAGCUGAGGACACUGCUGGAGGAGGUGAAGAGCCUGGACAAAGCCACACUCGAGCAGCUGGAGCGUGUGCGUGUCACGGUCCUGCACAAGGCGGCAGGGGCGGGCCUGGGCUUCAGCCUGGCCGGAGGGGCUGAGCUGGAGAAUAAACUCGUUACGGUGCACAGAGUCUUCCCUGAUGGGCUGGCGGCCCAGGAGGGCACCAUUGAGAAGGGCAGCGAGGUCCUGUCCAUCAACGGCAAGUCCCUCAAGGGUGCCACACACCAAGAAGCGCUGGCCGUGCUCCGGCAGGCACGGGGCCCCCAGCAGGCUGUGGUGGUCACCAGGAAGCUGGAGCCCCAGCCCCCCACAGCACCUGCUCUGCCUGUGGAGCCUGCGGAGAGUGCGGUGUUUACUAUCACGUUGGUCAAGGCAGCGGGCAGCGUGGGCUUCAGCCUGGAUGGCGGUCAGGGGUCCCUAAACGGGGACCGGCCUAUAACAGUCAACAGGAUCUUCCAAGGGGCAGCAGCUGGGAGCGCCGGGGAGAGUCUGCAGCCGGGAGACGAGAUCCUGACCCUGGGCAGCACCACCAUGCAGGGACUCACACGCUUCAAGGCCUGGAAGGUCAUCAAGGCGCUGCCUGACGGCCCCGUCACUAUUGUCAUCCGGAGGAGGGGCUGUGGGGCCCAGGGGGCACCCAUGGCAGAGGACCCACACUGAGGCCACAGCCCCACCACACUCAGGGAUUCAGCACUGGUGCUCCCAUGGCCAACCCCGGCCACACCUUCUAAAGGAGGCCCCCCGCAAGCCCGGGGCUGCCCCAGGUGAGGACGGACGAAGAGC